AACCAUGGGCCAUGCUUAACGACUUUUGAAUUCAAUGCUACUGUGCUUGGUAUUGCAGCUCUAGCUUCCCUUUGCGUCAUUAUACUCUUGGCUUACCACGACGGUGCUUUCACUCUGCGCAUGCGAGGAGGUCGCGUGCAUCAAUUCCUUUGGAGCUGCCAUUACUGGCCUAGGCUGCUGUGGUCUGUUAUGCCUUGUCUCAGGUGCAGGACGCUGUGACCUUGAAGGAGAAAAGGCUUACAAACCGAAGCCGGCACGAUGGCUUCAUUCGUUCUUUCAACGACUCUUCACUCUUUACCUGCUGGAGCUACGAAAACCUUGGGGUACCUCUUAGUCAUGCUGUCGUUGAUCCAGCUCGCUUGUGGCUUGGUAUUGUCGCCGUUGAUAAACCAAGCCAGCGCCAAUCCUUUACAAUAUGCUCGACAGCAAUAUGCGCCCGGCCACCUGGGUGCGGUUGCUAGUGAGAGCAGUAUUUGCAGCAACAUCGGCAUAGACCUAUUGCGACAAGGCGGCAAUGCCGCAGAUGCACUUGUUGGCACGGUCUUUUGCAUCGGCGUUAUUGGUUGUUACCACAGCGGCAUUGGUGGCGGAGGUUUUAUGCUUGUUCGAGGUGCGAACGGCAGUUAUGAGUUCAUAGACUUUAGAGAGACGGCACCUGCUGCCGCCUUUCAGGACAUGUACAACAACAAUACCAAUGCCAGCAUUUUUGGUGGUCUGGCUAGUGGCGUUCCAGGUGAAGUCCGAGGUCUGGCGCAUCUGCAUAGCAACUAUGGCAAGCUCUCGUGGAGUCAAGUGAUGGCUGGAGCCAUCAAGACCGCGCGAUACGGAUGGCCUGUCACAAACGACCUUGUCAAUUAUAUGCGGUCGGCAAAUGCGUCGGCUGCGGUCUCAAACUUCCUGGUCGAUGACCCCAAUUGGGCCAUCGACUUUGCUCCCAAUGGCACUCUGGUCGGGUUGGGCGACACCAUCACCCGGAAAAGAUAUGCCAACACCCUUGAGACGAUUGCAAACGAAGGGCCAGAUGCUUUCUACACCGGGGCCAUUGCGGAGACGACGAUCGCUGCGUUGCAGGCUCAGAAUGGCACAAUGACGGUUGAAGACCUGCAAAACUAUACCGUCGCAAUUCGUCCACCGGCAAACAUCACCUAUCGUGGCUACCGAAUGUUCAGCUGCAGUGCUCCUGCCUCCGGUGAAGUUGCGCUUUCAGUCAUGAAAAUCUUGGAAGGCUACACGGAUUUCUAUGCUCCUGGGAGGCUCAAUCUCUCGACCCAUAGAAUGGACGAGGCGAUGAGGUUCGGCUAUGGGGAGAGGACUAAUUUGGGGGACCCUUCCUUCUUGAAGAAUAUAUCUCUUUAUCAGAAUGAGAUGCUGUCCGCCCAGACAGCUGCCGAUAUUCGGAGCAAGAUUCUGGACUACACCACCCUGAACGUGUCGGCAUACGAUCCUUCCGGCAUUGAGUCGUUAGAAACACCUGGAACAUCCCAUGUCGUUGCGGCAGACGCAUCAGGUCUGGCUAUCACGUUGACCACAACUGUGAAUCUGCUGUUCGGGUCCAAUCUCAUGGUGCCAGAGACCGGUGUGAUCAUGAACAAUGAGAUGAACGACUUCUCCAUCCCAGGUUCCUCGAACGCCUUUGGAUACAUCCCCAGUCCAAGCAAUUAUAUUCGACCAGGCAAGAGACCGCUCUCCUCAAUUUCGCCGACGAUUGUUGAGUUUCCCAAUGGCACACUAUACUAUGUUAUUGGCGCAGCUGGAGGGUCAAGGAUCAUCACUGCUACGAUUCAAAACUUGAUCCAUGUGCUAGAUCAGAAUGUGACCACUCCUCAAGCACUUGCGCAGCCUCGCCUUCACGAUCAACUGAUACCGAAUCAAGCCAUGGUCGAGUACGCAUAUGACAAUGAGACCGUGGCUUUCAUGAAAUCACUCGGACAUAACGUUACCUUUGUGGCGCCAGGACUGUCAACGGCGCAAGGAUUGCGUCGUCUACCCAACGGAACCUUUGAAGCUGCUGGAGAACCGAGGCAACAGAACUCUGGUGGCUUUGCCAUCUAAGUUCCAUUGGAGAGAAGGAACACCUGGGACCUUUUGUGGCUAUGGAGACUGCCAGGAGAGGUGGUUUCGUGUUGCCACAUUCGACCUGGACGACAACUGAGGCUCACCAUAGACAUAUAGAACACCACAGCACCUCUGAGGGAAUCAGUACAUGCUCCUGGAGAAACCUUAAAGGAUGGAAUUGGUAGAGUGCGUCGAAACGAGCCCGAUCGAUCGAGGCACUGCAGCCUUGUCACAUGACAAGGCUGAAGCUGUUAUGCUUCACAUGAAGUGAAGAAUACACAGG